AUGGAAGCCAACGCAUUCCCCCCCUCCGCCGCCGAAACCACCACGGCGACCGAUUUCAUCCCCUCCAAAGAAAUCGACACCACCUUCGCCCACACCACCAACCUCGCCUCCGCAGCCCUAAACACCAAAGUCCUCUCCCGCUCAGACGACUACUUCGCCUCCGCCACAAACCUCCUCACCCCAACACCCCCCAUCAACCGCCCCGGCGUCUUCGUCCACACAGGCGCCUGGUACGAUGGCUGGGAGACAAGACGCCACAACCCAGAGCCCUACGACUGGGUCGUGGUCAAGCUUGGUGUGGCCAGUGCAGUUAUCAAGGGUAUCGAGGUGGACACGGGGUUCUUUGUGGGGAACUUUGGCGAGAAGGCCGAGGUGCAGGCGACGAAUGCCGAAGGCGGGGUAGAGACGUCGGAUGAGGAGAUCGCCAAGGCUGGGUAUGACAAGUGGGAGACUAUUUUGCCGGCGAAGGAGUGUGGGCCUUCGCAGAGGAGAGCGUGGUUUGUUGGUGGGCAGUUUAGUUCGAAGCCCUACACGCAUGUACGGUUGUUGAUGUAUCCUGAUGGCGGGUUUGGGCGGUUGAGGUUGUAUGGGCAUGCUAUUCCGCCUGCGUUGCCAGCGCAGGUUAUCGCGAGCACGGACCGCGCGGUUUUGCCGGUUGAGGAGCUCUCGUCGGCGUUGGUGGGUGGGUUGGCGCUGGGUGCGUCGGAUCAACAUUUCACGCCGUGCUCGAACCUGUUGCUUCCUGGUCGUGGGGAGAAUAUGGGUGAUGGGUGGGAGACGGCUCGUUCGCGGGGUCCUGGGCAUGUCGAUUGGGCGAUUAUCAAGCUUGGUUUGCCGGGGUCUGUGGCCAGGAUUGUGGUGGAUACGAAGGAUUUCCGGGGAAAUUUCCCCCGGACGGUGAGGGUGCAUGGGUUGGUGGGGAGGAAGGAUAAGGAGGGGCAGGUUCCUGCGCAUGAUGACCCGGAGUGGGUUGAGUUGCUUAAGGGGGACAGGGCUUGUAAGGCGGACAUGGAGCAUGUGUUUGAGGGUGACGACCUUGCUGCCGAGGGCGAGGAUACUCGGGUCUUCUCUCAUGUCAAGUUGACUCUCGUGCCGGAUGGAGGUGUGAAGCGACUGCGCAUUCUGGGUAGAAGAGAAGUCAUUGCUUAA